AUGCUCGACUAUACCAAGCAUCAGGACGUCUUUCCCGCAGGCCUUCAAUCGCCGUACGACCGAAAGCUGCAGCAUGAGAUCGAGGAGCACCGAAAAAGCCUCGGCGGAAGCCUCUUCAUCGACCGUGUCAUGAAGGCGCUGGGGAUAUCCAAAGCCAAGCUGUACCCCCCCAAGUCGGACAGCGGCGUCCAUCAGCUGCAUCAGCAAAUCUGCGGCGCGAGCAUGUCGACGAACCACAAGCAGUCGCUCCUCUACUACAUCCUGCUCGACUUUGACCGUCUCGGCCGCCAGAACGCCGUCUCCGAGAGCUUCGCCUCCGACUCCGGCAUGCCUAGCACCUUUCAGGUCUUCAUGAAGGGGCUGUGGCACAUGGAUAGACAAGACUACGAGCGAGCUCUCGAAUACGUGGCGCAUCCAUCCCUGAGCCCCGACUUUGCCGACGACAUCGUCAUCACCCUCGUUCGUCACGCGCCCGGCAACGACUACAGCCUCGCCCUGUCGUACCACCACGCCGUCCAGCCGGUGCUCAAAACCUCGCUCGCGCUGGAGCUGCUGUUCGACGCCAUGGCGAGGACCAACGUCACCGAGGCGCUGCUGUUCUCUCGAUCUCACCCUCCACACACGCGGCAAGUUCUCUUCCGCCGGCUGCUCUCCUCCAUCCUGCAGCCUCGGGGCAAGGAGCCGGCCGUCGACGGGGGCGACAUCGCAUUCAUGCCCCUGGACGCGGCCGAGGAAGAGUGGUUCGAGGAGCAUCUGACGACGGGAGAGGGCAGGAGCUUGAGCAAGGCAAAGGAAACGCUGCUGAUUCGGAAGAUUGCCUGCGAUCGAUUCGCCGAGGCGGGAAAGCAACGCUCCAGCGGCCCGUGGGGUGCCGUGCUGGAAGGAAUCAGGCACGGCAUCGAGGGCCACGCGGACUAG